AUGGCUGAACAACUGGUCAAGAUAUUGCUGUUAUUUUUAACUUUAAUUCACAUAGUACGGCAGGAAAGCACUGAACAUUAUACCAAUACUUGGGUUAUUCAUGUACCUGGUGGAUUAACCAAUGCUAAAUUGGUUGCUACUACACAUGCAAGUACAAUUCUUCAUCAGGUUGGAAGUUUAGAAGAUCAUUAUUUAAUACGCCAUGCUGGUACGCCGCAUCGUUCCAAAAGAAGUAAUUCUUAUAAAAGCUGGAAUUUAAGGCUUGAUACAAGGGUAUUAUAUGUCGAACAGCAAAUAUCCAAGUUACGAAUCAAAAGAUCAUUUCCUAAUUUUAAUGAUCCACUAUGGCCAAAGCAGUGGUAUUUGGAAAAUACAGGUCAAGCUAGUGGACCGCCGCAUUUAGAUCAUAAUAUUAUUCCUGCCUGGAAAAGUGGAGCUACCGGCAUAGGAAUUGUUGUUUCAAUUCUUGAUGACGGGUUAUAUUAUGAACAUCCUGAUCUACGAAGGAACUACGAUCCUGAAGCUAGUUUUGACAUAAAUGGAAACGAUCAUGAUCCAACUCCUAGAAAAACUGGGAACGACGAAAACAGACAUGGCACCAGAUGUGCAGGAGAAGUCGCCGCAAUAGCUAAUAACUCUAUCUGUACAGUAGGAGCUGCAUACAACGCUAAGAUAGGAGGAAUUAGAAUGCUCGAUGGAGAUGUUACUGAUGCAGUAGAAGCUACAUCUCUUAGUUGGAAACCGCAACAUAUCGAUAUAUAUAGUUCUAGUUGGGGUCCAGAAGACGAUGGUAGGAAUAUUGAUGGUCCUGGGCCAUUAGCGAAGAAAGCUUUUAUAGAUGGUGUUAAUAAAGGUCGUCAUGGACUCGGUUCUAUAUUUGUGUGGGCAUCUGGAAAUGGUGGAUCUGUCCAUGAUAAUUGUAAUUGUGACGGAUAUGUAAUUAGUAUUUAUACCAUUAGCAUUUCUGCAGCUACUGAUACUGGCAAUGUACCAUGGUACACUGAAAGUUGUUCCUCUAUCUUGGCUACUACUUUUAGCAGUGGUAAUAACGGUCAAAAUAAAAUUAUUACUGACGAUCUGCACGACAGAUGCACAGAGUCACACACUGGCACUUCUGCCGCUGCUCCUCUAGCUGCCGGUAUGUUUGCUUUAGCAUUAGAGGCAAAUCCUAGACUGACCUGGAGAGAUUUGCAGCAUAUAGUUGUCAUCACAUCAAAGCCUGAUAAACUCCAUACGGACGACUGGACGAUCAAUGGAGUUGGUCGUAAAAUUAGUAACUGGUUCGGUUAUGGAUUAUUAGAUGCAGCUGCAUUAGUUAGUACUGCGCGGAAUUGGAAAACAGUCCCUAUACAAAGAAGUAAAAGCUUUAAAUUUAAGACGAAAAAGAAUUACAUUCCACCCAAUGGCAGGCUUAUCGUAUCUAUUAAUGUUGAGAAAUCCGAAGCCAUUGUAAAUUAUUUAGAACAUGUUCAAGCUGUAAUAUCACUAUCUCAUAAUCAGCGUGGUCUUAUUACCAUUCAGUUAAUCUCUCCGGCAGGCACAAAAUCGGUUUUGUUUGAUAGGCGCCAACAAGAUACAUCCAGGGCUGGAUUUAAAAACUGGCCUCUUAUGACUACUCAUUUCUGGGGAGAAAAGUCCGCUGGUAAUUGGACAUUAAUUAUUAUAAAUAAAGAUUCUAACUCGGGAAAGUUGAAGGGUUGGAAGUUAGUUCUGUUUGGUACUACAUCGAAGCCACAUGAUUUGUAUUAUAGUUCAUGUAAUCCGGAAUGUGAGAGAUCGUCUGGUUGUAAUGGACCUGGAGCAGCAGAUUGCAGAAUUUGUCGGCAUUUUCAAGCAGCAGAUGGUCGAUGCGUAAAAAAUUGCUCAAAUGGACAAUACGGAAAUUUAGAGACUAAGGCUUGUAUAAAUUGUCCAUAUGGCUGCGAUGUAUGUAAUAAUGAUUCUUGUAUCACUUGUAAGCCAAAUUUUGCUAACUCGAAUGGAUCAUGUGUUAGUUCAUGCCCUGAAAGCACUUACCAGCAUUCUUUUAAUGGCAAUACCAAAUGUUUAAAGUGCUCUAGUAAUUGUGCAGCUUGUGCCAAUGAAACUUAUUGUAUUUCUUGCCCUGGCACUGCAUACGAGUAUAGAGGAAGUUGCAUUCAGCAAUGUCCACAAGGUACUUAUUCGAACUAUGUAUAUGGAAUCAGAACGUGUACCUCUUGCAAGCAUAACUGUUUAGAUUGUUAUGGAAAUGAAGCUGGUUCUUGUCGAGUUUGCCAGAAAGGAUAUCAACUAGUAGUGGAUCGGUCUAAGUGCACAAAAUCCUGUCCAGUAGGAUAUUAUAAUGCUAUAUCUGGUGAGCAAAACAUUUGCCUAGCAUGUCAUCAUCGAUGUACAUCAUGUUUGUCAGCAGCAUCGAGUGGUUGUAAAUCUUGUAGUCAUGGAUUUCAUUUAUACAAUGGGUCUUGUACAGACAAAUGUCCAGAUGGCACAUAUACUGAUAAAUUUACUGGAGAAUGUUUUCCUUGCUUUAAUACGUGCACUACUUGUAAUGCUGGUAAAAGCAAGAGCUGCUUAUCUUGUAAAUCAAAUCUUUAUUUACAAAACGGAGAAUGUGUAAGCAACUGUUUUAAAGGUUAUUAUCAAGAUGAUAAUUUGAUGAGAUGUCGUCGUUGUCAUCAUAGCUGUGCCAGUUGUAAUGGACCAUCGAGUAAUUCUUGUACUUCUUGUAAGUUAUCUCAGUCAUUCCUACAUAAUAAUUCAUGCUUAAUGGAAUGUCCAGUUGGCCAUUACUCGGAUAUAACCAUGAAAGCUUGCAAUCCUUGUAGUAGUCAUUGCUACCACUGUGUUAAUUCAUCAGUUUGCUUAUCUUGUAAUAAAAACUUUAUUCUUCAUCAUCAAAAAUGCGCCAAGUCCUGCCCAUCAGGCUAUAUAUUAAAAGAAAGAACCUGCAAUCCUUGUCACCCGACCUGUUCCAAUUGUAGUGAUGAUGAUAUUGCUUCGUGCUCAGGUUGUAAAUCACACACUCACUUCCUUCAUCAGGGAAUAUGCACAAAAUCUUGUCUGUUUGGUUAUUUUGGCGAUACAAUUACGCAACAGUGCCAACCUUGCCAUUCUUCGUGCGCAUCAUGCUUUGGAGAAGGUAAUAGCAGUUGUUUACUUUGCCCAUUAGGGAGAUUUCUUCAACAUGGAUCUUGUGUAACAACUUGCAAUAACGGAUUUCCUGGUAAAAAUGGUACUUGCUCAAGUUGUGAGGGAGUGGGAUGUAGAGAGUGUCUUCCUAAUGAUCCUAACCAAUGUCUUACUUGUUUAGAUAAUUACUUCAAUCAUAAAUUUAAUUGCGUCCGAGAAUGUCCAGUAGGUACUUACACGAAUGCAACGGCUGGUCAAUGUUUAAUUUGUCACGAUUCCUGUAACACAUGCAGUGGUAAACAUAUAGAAAAUUGUACAGAUUGCAAGCCUGGAUGGUUUAUGCAUGCGGGAAAGUGUGUUUCUUACUGUCCAUCUGGCUCCUAUGCAAAUGGCAAUGCUUGUUCAAAAUGUAGCCAUGGUUGCAAGCUUUGUAUCAGUCAGAAUACCUGCUUAGAAUGUGAAUCGUCAUUGGUAAAGUUUAACGGUUCGUGCUUGAAAGACUGUCCAAGCAAUUCUUAUGCCACGGAUGAAAAUACGGAAUGUCAAUUGUGUCAUAAAGGUUGUGAAACAUGUAAAAUUGUUAACAGAGAGAGUCAAUGUUUAAGCUGUAUUAAUCAAUAUUUGAUAUUGAAAGCUGGAAAAUGCUUACCAAAUGGUAAUUGCAGUGGUAAUAUGUAUUUUAAUGGAAGCAACUGCAGUAAAUGCCACAGUGACUGUGAAGCAUGCUUCGACGAUGAUAGAAUCUCCUGCCUUAGAUGUCGUGAAGAUAAGUAUCUAAAUCCAGUUUCAGCAAUUUGUGAACAAUAUUGUCCGUUAGGAUACUUUGCCGAUAAUGCCACAAGGAGAUGUCAGCAAUGCCAUUAUUCAUGUUUAUCGUGUUCGAAUGCUUCUGUUUGUACUCAAUGUCGUCCUGGUUUCUAUAAUAGUAGUGGCAAUUGCAUUACGAAAUGUGCCUCUGGUGAAUACUUUAAUAAUAAGACUGCGAGCUGUCAGCUAUGUGGUAAUAAUUGCAAGGAGUGUAAUAUAAAUAGUAAAACUUGUAUAACGUGUAAGUCAGGAAAUUACAAGUACGAUGGAAUAUGCUUGUCUGCUUGUCCUACACAAACCUAUGCCAGCAAUGGAAAUUGUAAAGCGUGCCCUUCUGGAUGCUUAGAAUGUAAAGCUGAUAUGACUUGCACUAAGUGCAAGAAUAACUAUAAACUAUCACAAUCCGCGUGUGUACUUUCUUUACCGAAUGGCUGUAAAAACUCUAGUUGUUUAGUUUGUAAAGUUGCCAAUUGCUCACGUUGUUCACCGUCGGAUUCCACUAUUUGUAAUAUUUGCAUUAAGCCUUUUAUAUUACAUCAGGGAAGUUGUAUAAAACAAUGUCCUGAUGGCACUUAUUUUGAUCAUGUUAAAAAGAACUGUUUUGAUUGUAAUGAUAGUUGUAGUAGUUGUGUUGGCCCGAAAGAAACAGAUUGUGUAAAGUGCUCAAGCGCUAAACCAUAUUUAUUACACUAUAAAUGUCUGAGUAAAUGUCCAGCCAAUUACUACAUCGAUAAUGCUAAUGCUAAGUGUCGUCAAUGUCAUUUCUCAUGUAAAAGUUGUAGCGGUGGUAGCAUGAAUGAUUGUAUUAUAUGUUCAGAUGGAUUUCAUUACUUGAAAUCUGAGAAGCAAUGUGUUAACAAAUGUCCGGAUUUAUCAUAUUAUCGUAAAAAUGAAACUGAUUGCGGAUCGUGUUAUAGUGGUUGCGCUAGUUGCUAUGGGAAUGAAAAAGACAAGUGCAUAUCUUGUAUCUCUCCAAUGGUAAAUUUCAACUUUGAAUGUAUGGAGAAGUGCCCUCUCGGCAGCUAUAACGAUAGCGGUAUCUGCCGUAAGUGUCAUCCGUCAUGUGGUUCAUGUACUGGUCCUCACUUGAAUCAGUGUACAAGUUGUAGUACUGGUUUAUUCUUAAAGAAUGGCGAAUGUCAUGGUACUUGUCCUUCUGGCUACUACGAGGAUAUGAAAUCAUUAAAAUGCUUACCAUGCAAUCCAUCAUGUAAGACAUGUGUAAGUGACUCUGCUCAGUGCUUAACUUGUAAUCAUGGUAUGGUUUUACAGAAUUCGAAGUGUUUGCGCAACUGUAGCAGCGGAUAUUAUCAUACUGAUGGUGGAUGUCGUCCAUGUCAUACUUCUUGUUUGAGCUGUAAAGGAUUUACAGCUAGCGAUUGCUUAUCGUGUAGCAAAGGCUGGGAAUUAUUACCUCAUGGUAUUUGUGAACCCGUGUGUCCGUCGGGUCAGUAUUAUGAUAUCGGUCUUAAAUCAUGUGGCAACUGCCACAGCAGCUGUGCUACUUGUAGCAGUAAACAAUCAGCUUCUUGUCUAUCAUGUUUAAAAGGUCGUUUAUUAGACAAACAAUCCUCAAGAUGUUAUCCAUGUUGCAAAAUAGAUUCUGAUUCUCAGUGCUGCAAUUGUAGUGCUUCCUUAAAAGUAUGCGUAUUAUUAUCAGACACUGGAAACAACAUUGUUACAACGCCAUCGCUUGUUACAGUUACACAUCAUGACUUUGGCAAUACCUUCAAGGAGGAAAAGCCUGUACAACUAAUUCUGAUUUCUGGCGCUAUUAGUUUGCUAUUAUUUGGAGUAGUUGUAAUAAUCCGUUGUAGAAGAAAUAUUUUUGGCCACCGUGGUUAUAAAAAAUUGACUCCAUCUGGAUAUGAUCAUACGACCAUAUCGUCUACUCGUACAGCUUAUCCAGACUACGAUAACGAUGAAAUCAACCAAGUAUAG